AUGGCUAAGGGAUCUCAUUUCUUCAUCAUUCUUUCGAUAAUCUCGUUGUUUGCAAACACAAUUAAUUCUCGAAUAUUAGAUCGACAAAGUUUUCCCGAUGGUUUCAUUUUCGGAACGGCUGCCUCGGCAUUUCAGUACGAAGGAGCAACAGACGAAGGUGGCAAGUCUCCAGCUAUCUGGGACCACUUUAGCCGUACUUACCCAGAAAGAACCAUGAUGCAUAAUGCAGAUGUAGCAAUUGAUUUCUAUCACCGCUAUAAGGAUGACAUUAAAUUGAUGAAGGAGCUAAACAUGGACGCUUUCAGAUUCUCAAUCUCGUGGGCGAGAUUAAUUCCCACUGGAAAGCUUAAGGAUGGAGUGAACAAAGAAGGUGUACAAUUCUACAAUGAUCUCAUCGACGAACUUCUUGCUAAUAACAUACAACCUUCAAUGACACUCUAUCACUGGGACCAUCCACACUCUUUGGAGGAGGAAUAUGGUGGCUUUUUAAGCGCUGAAAUUGUAGAAGAUUUCCGAGAUUUUGCAAGAGUUUGUUUCGAAGAGUUUGGAGAUAGAGUUAAGAUGUGGACAACGAUCAACGAACCGUACAUUAUGACUAUUGCCGGUUACGACCAAGGAAACAAGGCGGCUGGACGAUGCUCGAAAUGGGUUAGCGAAAAGUGUCAAGCCGGUGACUCGAGUACCGAGCCUUACAUCGUUUCGCAUCACGUUCUUCUUGCUCAUGCCGCUGCAGUAGAUGAAUUCCGAAAAUGUAACAAAACAUCACAUGAUGGUCAAAUUGGUAUAGUUUUAUCACCAAGAUGGUUCGAACCUUUUCACUCCGACUCUAUUGAUGAUAAAGAAGCAGCCGAACGAGCUCUUGCUUUUGAAAUUGGAUGGCAUCUUGAUCCAGUGACUCACGGAGAUUAUCCAGAGAUGGUGAAAAAAUACGCAGGGGAUAAGUUACCUUCAUUUACCGCGGAAGAAUCGAACAUGUUAAAAAAUUCAUCAGAUUUUGUCGGAAUAAAUUACUAUACAGCACGCUUCGCUGCUCAUAUUCCUCACAUCGACCCAGCAAAGCCUCGGUUCAAGACUGAUCAUCACGUCAAAUGGUCACUGACUAACCACACUGGCCACAAUAUCGGACUUGGGGAUGAAAGGGGCAUAAUACUGUCACACCCCGAAGGCUUGCGAAAAGUGCUGAACUAUAUCAAGGAUAGAUACAAUAACAUGCCGGUCUACAUCAAAGAAAAUGGAAUCAACGAUAACGACGAUGGUACAAAACCAAGAGAAGAGGUUCUUAAGGACACAUUUAGGAUUGAAUACCAUGACAAACAUUUCCAACAACUUCACAAAGCUAUGAUGGAAGAUGGGUGUGACGUAAGAGGAUACUAUGCAUGGUCAUUGAUGGAUAACUUUGAAUGGGAGCAUGGAUACACUGCUAGAUUUGGUCUUUACUAUGUUGACUUUGUCAACGGUCUCAAACGUUAUCCAAAAGACUCGGUCAAAUGGUUUAAGCGGUUCCUUAAGAGAGCCAUUGGAGAGACUAGAGAAGAGGAUGUCAAGGAGAUGUCACGUGCGGAGGGGAAUAAGACUCUGCAGGAGCAACUGCGUUUUGAAGAAUCGGCUGGUUUUUUUGUUUCUUUUAUGGCAGCGAACCAGUCGAAGAGAGAAGAGGAGAAAAAUCGUUGCUCCUUUGACUUUCCUUAUAGACAUUUCAGUGUUUUGCAGGGGAUAGAUAACCCAUCGUCAUUUUAUUGA